GCAUCAGCUUAUGGACACACGUGUUGGGGCGUCUGAUGAGCGAGUUAACAAGUGUGGUUAACACAAGAUAUAGAUGGAGGCAAAACACAAAUGUAAAUAAAAUACUGAAGAAGAGGAAGAAGAAGAAGAAGAAGAAGAAGAAGAAGAAGAAGAAGAAGAAGAAGAAGAAGAAGAAGAAGAAGAAGAAGAAGCCGCUACAACACAUACUUGUCGUCUCAGUACUCAGGGUACAAAGACAGAAGGAUCACAAGUUUGAGUCCAGUCCAAGACAGUGAGAGCUUGUCUCAAAACAGAACAAAAGCAGUGAACACCUAGAAAAAACAACUAGAAGGAGUGAAAACUGUUUUUAUGAGAGCACAUUCUUUGGCACGGCUGCUGCUGA